AUGCUUUGGCCUUUAACGAUCUUUACAAAUAGGAAAAAAAAUCUGAAGCAAUAAAAAGAUAGAGAUGGGUUGAUUGCUAACAAAGUGAAGUCUCAAUAGAAAAUACCACCUGAAUAUCUCUAUCCAAUAGGAGCUUGUGGAAUGAUUGACCCACCACCUCAUUGCAUGGAAGCUCACUCACUGACAAAUUAUAAACCAUAAAAGAUUGGUUAUGACUCUGCCUGGUAAUGGUAUAAAUAACAUACUCCAAAAGUUUAAGCAGAUCCAGAAAUAGAUGUCGUUAGAUACGAAGUUAUUUGUGAAUACAAUCGAGGUUGUCGAUUUGUCCCAAAAAUAUCUCCUCCACAAGUCCUGAACUACCUUAUAAGACAAUGA